AUGAGCUUAAUCAGUAAAGUUCUGGUGAAAAGAAGUUGUUUCGGGGUAGGCAUAAGGAGGACUCCUCAUUGGUAUUCCCAGUACUCCACCACGGGCAACGUCCGUGUGAACAAAAAGAGUAGCAAGGUAGUACCGGUGUUGACAGCAUUAGCGCUGGCCUCUAUUUUUGCGAAAAAAUGGUAUGAUAAUUCACAAAUCAAGAAGGCGGAUGCCACCAGCGUCACAGUCGACCCGGCCAUCUCUGCAUUUCCCAAGAAGAUGGGCCCUCCACAGUGGCCAUUUUCAACACAGUACGAGCUACUGGGUAAGGGUGUGCGGUGUGUCUCCUCCAUCACCUUCAAAGCAUAUGGGCUAGGCAUAUAUAUGGCUGUGGAGGAUAAGCACCUAGUCGCUGAAGUGUUGGACUCGAAGUUCUUGUCUCAGGCGUUCAUCGACACUGAAUCUUCCUCGUCUCUAGUGAAGUCACAUCAAGAAAAGCUACGGGAUGCCCUGAACGACCCUGCCAAGGCCCCCAUCUUGAUCAAUAAUCUCUUAGACAGCGGAAUCCGGCUUAUGUCCAAGAAUACUCCGAUAAAAGCAGGAUCCUUCAAGCUUUUAAUGGACGGUACCAAGAAGAGCGUUUUUAAGAACCCCGAUUCUCAGCUACAAGACAAGGACCGGUUAGAAGCUGGCUUCCAAGAAUUGCAUGACUGCUUUAGGAGUGUUAAGGGGCUUGUAGCUCGGGAUGAUGAUUUUUUCAUCGAGCUGAAUAACGAUUGCUCUAUGAACCUGUUCUAUUACGCAAGGAAAAAGGACAAACUUGUUACACUGGGCACCGUGAAAGAGCCUCUCAUCGGGAAACUCUUGUUCGCUCAGUACCUCAGCGCUGUGGAUCCUCCUUCACUAGAAGCUAAGCAGGAUGUGAUGGAUGCCCUCGUGUCUCUAUCCUAG